AUGCCUCCCGCAGAGUCAUAUUGUACGACCGGGAAGGACAACAUUGCCACCAAAUCGGCCCUCGACGAUGUACCAGUCAAUAAAAUCACAAGUUUUCACGGUCGACUGCAGCAUUUUCUGCACAAAGGUAGCGACGAGAGCACCGAGAUCGCACGAGAAACGACCACAACCAUAUCCCAAGACGCAAUCAAGUCCGAAGAAACAGAUACGCAAGACCAAGCCAUGCAGGCCCAUACAGAAACCAUCAUACCCAGCCCGAAACGCAGAAAAGCAAUCCAACGAUCAACUGAAACCACAAUCUCUCGCCCACUGACUCGAUUAUCCCCAAUAUCCCCCUCAAGCAAACGCAAGCGCAACACACCCACACCCACAUCCCUCGGACCAAGCGCCACAGAAUCCCUUCUACGCGACACUAUACCUCCAAACCUAAUUCUCCUCCUGGUAGGCGUGAACCCAGGAAUUAUGACCGGCAUAUCGGGAUACGCCUAUGCACACCCAUCAAACUUGUUCUGGAAGCUCCUUCACUCGUCCGGAAUUACAAGUAUGCGCCAUAAACCCGCAGAUACAUAUAAACUUCCUGGUCUCUACAGCGUGGGCAACACGAAUAUCGUGGAGCGACCCACACGCGACGCGAGCAUGCUGAGCCGCGCCGAGAUGAAUGCCGGAGUUCCGGUGUUGGAAGCCAAGGUUGCUGCGCAGAGACCAGAGGCUGUAUGUCUUGUUGGGAAAGGUAUCUGGGAGGCGGUUUGGAGGGUGAGACGGGGCAGGAGCAUUCGGAAGGAGGAGUUUCGGUACGGGUGGCAGGAGGGUGAGAAUAUGGGAGUUUGCGAAGGGUGGGCUGGGGCACCGGUCUUUGUUGCUACGACUACGAGUGGCCUUGCGGCUGGUAUGAAGUUGGCGGAGAAGGAGGCUGUCUGGGCGGAGUUGGGAGAUUGGGUAGUUAUGAAGAGACGGGAAAGGGGAUUCGUUCCUGAGAUUGUGAAACACGAAGGCCAGUGA